AUGACUGCUGUCGGACUCCACGUGCAAUCGGCAGCCACGGGCAUGUCGCUGCACGCGACGCGGCUCUCGGCGCAGACCCAAUGGCUCGAUGCUGCGUCGGGCGCCGCGUUUGGCGGCGAGUGGGACGGGUCGGUGCGACACGGAGCGUCGAAAGACAGCACGUCGCUUCAAGUACGCGCCGAGCUCUUCGACAAGAAGAAGAAGAGCACGUGGGAGCCCAACCCCAAGCCGUCCGACGCUGCCGAGUGGGGCGGCCCCUAUGGCAAGCCCUGCGGCCACAACGAGGUCGUCCUGCACCGACUGCGUCCGUUCUUCCCGCAAGAGGUGCUGAACGCGCGCAUUUGCAGCCGUGACAAGCCUGCGCCUGGCAACGACGGCUACGAUGGCUGCCUCGAGCAUCUCAAGUGGCGCUGCGCGUCAAGCGGCAAGGCCAUGACGGUCUGGGACGCAGAGCAGUGGGUCUUUGUUGCCAAAGACGGUCAGGUACGCCGCAUCAACAAGACGGCGGCGCUGCAGCUACCUCUAUCGCGCCUCAAGUGGAUGAUGGCCAACUUCCGCGAGCACACGCUGCGCUGCGAGGGCCAGAUUCCGCCGGCGCACCUGCUUGAAACGAUUUCGUACUUGGGCUUUUGCGGCGGCGUUCAGCAGGACGUCGAUGCGCCGCAAGUGUGGGGCCUUCCGCGUCGCGCGCGGCAGAUGGUUGUCGGCUACCUCGUGUCGGGCUCGCCAGAUCAGUGGAUGCGCCUCCUGAGCUCCAAGUAGUCGCAUCUAUUCCGGUCCAUGUACUAACACAAUGGUCAUGUUCCCAGUUG